CCAGCCCACGCCUUGCUACUCGGGGACUUCAAGAGGAGCAAAGCGCCGAAGGUCCAGCCUUUCCUGCCAACGUGGCUGGCUGAGCCAAGCUGUGUAACCAGGAAUGUCACCGAAGACUUGGUGCCCAUUGAGGAUGUCCCCGAAGUCCACCCUGACCUGCAGAGGAGGCUGCGGGCACACGGCAUCACGUCCUUCUUUCCAGUCCAGGCCGCGGUGAUCCCCGCUGUCCUGGAGAGCGCAGCCGGCGGCUUUCUCGGGGGCAGGGGUGGCUACCGGCCCAGUGACCUCUGUGUUUCAGCCCCGACGGGCAGUGGGAAGACGCUGGCUUUUGUCAUCCCUGUGGUGCAGGCCCUGCUGCAGCGAGCCGUGUGCCAGGUCCGCGCCCUGGUCGUGUUGCCCACCAAGGAGUUGGCCCAGCAGGUGAGCAAAGUGUUCAACCUCUACACGGAUGCCACACCUCUGCGCGUGGCCCUGGUCACCGGGCAGAAGUCGCUGGCCAAGGAGCAAGAGAGCCUCGUCCAGAAGACGGUCGACGGCUUCCGCUGCCUGGCUGACAUCGUGGUGGCCACCCCGGGCCGCCUGGUGGACCACAUUGACCAGACCCCAGGCUUCAGCCUCUGGCACCUCCGCUUCCUGAUUAUCGACGAGGCCGACCGCAUGAUAGACAGCAUGCACCAGUCCUGGCUGCCGCGGGUGGUGGCGGCGGCCUUCCCCAGCGAGGGGGACCCGGAUCCCUUCGCUCUGCUCCAGCGACGGCAGCCCCAGGUCGUGACCGCCGCCAGCACCUGCUGCCCCCAGAUGCCACUGCAGAAGCUGCUCUUCUCGGCCACCCUGACCCAGAACCCCGAGAAGCUGCAGCAGCUCGGCCUCUACCAGCCCCGGCUCUUCUCCACGGGGCUGGCAGGCAGGGGCCCCAGAGAUGCCGCCGUGGACGGGGACUCGGGCGGGAAGUACACCUUCCCCACGGGGCUCACGCACCACUACGUGCCCUGCCGCCUGCGCUCCAAGCCGCUUGUGGUUCUGCACCUGAUCCUAGACUUGAACUUCUCAAGGGUCCUCUGCUUCACCAACUCCCGCGAGAACUCCCACAGGCUCUUCCUGCUCGUCCAGGCCUUUGGAGGUGUGACCGUGGCCGAGUUCUCCUCCCGCCACAGCCCAGGCCAGCGGAAGAGGAUCCUGAAGCAGUUUGAGCAGGGGAAGAUUCAGCUCCUCAUCAGCACAGACGCCACAGCCCGCGGCAUCGAUGUGCGGGCCGUGCAGCUGGUGGUCAACUACGACGCCCCCCAGUAUCUGCGGACCUACGUGCACCGGGUUGGAAGGACCGCCCGCGCCGGGAACACCGGACAGGCCUUCACGCUGCUGCUCCGAGUGCAGGAGAAGCGCUUCCUGCGGAUGCUGGCUGAAGCUGGGGCGCCCGCGCUGCAGCGGCACGAUGUCCCCGCCGAGCUCCUGCAGCCGCUGGUUCCCCGGUACGAGGAGGCGCUGUCCCAGCUGGAGAGCGCCAUCAAGGAGGAGCAAAGGCAGAAGGCAGCCUAGGCGGCCGGCGGGCGGACAGGACGCAGCCUGGCGGCCUCCACUGCAGUGUGCAGCCCUUGCCAGGGGCCCGGUGUGUGAGCCAAAGGCACAGGACCUCGGGGUCCCUCAGCCUGCUGCCUCCUGGGCCAGGCCCCUGGACUCUGGGCCCUGCUGUCACUUGAUUCCUUGUCGCUGCAAAUGAGGGGCCAGGAGCUGGAACCUACGUGAGGCCGUGCGUCCACACUUGUUGCUCGUGUCCGGGAGCCGAGGGCCCAGUGUUUGCUUUCUCCGUAAAAGCUUUCAGUUCUUCGGGACUCGGCCUGUGAAAUACUUUUCCUAGAACAAGAUAAAUUUUGCCUUUAAAUUUUUUAAUUUAUAAAUUAAAUUGCUAAAAUGAAA